GGGCCACAUGGGCAGUUGCCGAGGGCGACAUUCUCCAGGGGUGUAGAAACAAACAAAAAAAUCCUAUUUACUCAUCAUAUACUCAUCAAGUCUGCGCAUAUGUGUGGCAGAUGGGCGCCCUCUACAGGCGUGAUACUAGCGCCCCCAAACAUGAUCAAACGUCCACCACGUGAUGUGGAUGAACCCACAGGAGUAGCGCCCUCAGAUUAAUUACAAGGUUAAAAAAAAUGUAAAUUACAACAGUAAUUGUCUGAAACAUGUUAUUUCACAACGAAAAUGUGAAAUAAAUAGGAGGGAAUUGUGAGCGGAUAUGAGUUGGUUUAGCCUUGACUGCAAGUUGGGGACGGUGGGAGAUGAUGAUCAAGGUGCCGUUAAUUUGUGUCAACAAAACAUGGAAAAGACAAACUCAGGUGCACAAUUUAGAAAGAAGAGGAAAGAAGAGGAAAGAAAGAGAGGAGAAACGGACCAAAGAUAAAGAGAAAAAAAGCAUGUUCCCUCGGUCGACAAGAGCCGAAUACCGCAGAUGACCCUCAAGCCUGGGGGAGGAUGGGCGGGAGGAAACUCUCACAGAGCGCUGAGGAUCAUCCCAGGUUGUACAAGGGUCCUUUGGGGACAGCUUGAGGCAGCCAGGGGAAGUCAUUUAUUAAAUCUGUGCCAGGCCCAUGCUUCUCUCUGUGUGUCCGCACACACAACGUGUAGCACAUUGCUGCAUAAUGCUUCAUGCCCUCCCUAUCACUGGCAGCUAACAUUGUUUGGUGCACACUUGAGAAAUCAGAGAGAAUACAAGUAUUGAUCUUGCUUUUCAGCUGUUUUCUAAUGCACACUGAGCUAGAGGUGCAGAGUGGGCGUGAAGGGCCUUUUCAUUCCAACAAAUGUUUUUGGAGUGUCAUUUAUUUCAGCAUUCAUUAUUAUUUCUGUCUUGCGACCGUUCCAUUUCAGCCUUCUUCUGUGGCUAAUUUCUCUUCCAGAGAGACGGGAGCAUAAUGAACAGACACAAAUGAGGUGGCUCAUGUACAGUAGCUUCCCUGCUUUAUUUAGCCUCUUUUUGCCUUAAACCCUCAAGCCAUUUACUAGGACUUGAAACAUGAAUGUGUGCAUUGGCAUGUACAGUAUGCUUAGAUUCACAUAUAGAAUAUAUGCACAGUGUGUGGCUCCCAGACUGGAGUUCGUGUUAACUUCGGAAAGGAAAUGGACCAAUAUGUCACGUCUUGGCAUUAUGGUGUUGAAGCUCGACCCCAGGAUGCAGAGAGAGAGAACCCAAGUGCAGGUAAAAGGUAUUUUUUUAUUAUUAAUGGAGGGAUCCAACACAGAGCACUAACAAACGUGGACAAACAACAGUGCUCCGACAAACAAGGACGCACACGGCUGAACUAAAUAGAAAGGGCAACCAAAUUAGCCACGUGUGAUUAGAAACGUAAAGCAGAGCAAGAACAGAACAGAGCAACACAGGAAGUAUAACAAAAUAAGAAACCGGAACUAAUGCAUAAAAGAGAACAUAAACAAGUUGUAAUGCAGCUACCACACAGGGCGUGACAGUACCCCCCUCAAGGACAAAUCCCAGACAUCCAAAAGAGGGAUGGGUGGUAGGACGACCAGUGGUGGGUCACCCUUCCGGGUGUCGGCCGGGACGACAGGCAAGGCGGGGCCGGCAGGGCCACUCCGGGGGACGGCCGGGACGGCAUGCAAGACGAAGACGACAGGGCCCCACCGGUGGUCGGUCAGGAGGGGCUUGCUUGGGCUGGAAGGGGUGGAGUUGGGCAGCUGCGAGUCCGGCGCCACUGACACAGGUGAGCGGGAGAGCAGCUUGGGGACCUCGGAACAGAGGCAGAGAGUGACUUGGCCUUACGUGAAGCAGAAGAAGGUGAUGUCUCGACCAGACGUGGAGCAGAAGCAGGUGACGUCUCGUCCACCUAAAGUGACGGUGAAGGGAACAUCUCGUCCUCUUGACAUGACGAAGAAGAAGAUGAAGUGUGAUCAACUCAGCAGGAAAAGAGGGCUGUGCUUCCUGGCCUGCUGGAGUGAGCCCUGCAUCUUGAUUUGCAGGUGGAGGAACCAGUUGUGCGUCUUGGCUGGCUGGAACAGAAGCGAGCUGUGUGUUUUGGCUCGCCGGGACAGGAGCGAGCUGUGCAUCUUGACUAGCUGCAGCGGACCCUGCAUCUUGGCUGGAAGGUGGAGGCCUGCGCUGUUCAGUCCGGCGUGCUUCAGUGAGCCCUGCGUCGUCACUUGCAGGUGGAGGACAUGCAAUGCGGCAGCAGAUGAGGUAGCCCCGGGCAAAGGGCCACUGGAGGGACCCUCUAUUCACGGGAGGAAGAGGCGGACCGGAGUCUCGGAGGGGAGUGUCAAGACAGAUGUCCUUGCCCUGAGCUUCCUCCACAAGAAAAUCAACAAUGCAGCCAAAGAGGGAUGUCGCAUUAUCCAACUUGAAUUAUACACUAUAGUGUAUGAAUGGUUACAUGUUUGUGUGCAGGUGCAAUACUCGUGUUGCUGCUGAAGGAAGAAAGUGUUAGAUUUGACCUGCUUUAGUGGAAUUGAUCAUAUUUAGCUGCCUAAUCAUGGUCAUUUCGGUUCUUUUGGCUUGGCUCUCUAAAAAGAUUUCUCUGUAAAAUUGAUUUAUUUUUGAAAUAUGUGUAAAAUGAAAUUGUCAUGCAAAAACAUAAUUCUAUAACUUUUAUUGUAUGGCUUUUUUAUAUGCUCAAUAUGGAACAGAUUUUUUUUAUGUUUCAUGUUUGCCCCUCCUUGCCUUCUCCGCCUGUUUGUGUUGUCUCUGUUUUCAGAUGUCCUUGCUCCGACUGGAGGCGGGACAACGGGACGCCUCUGCUGCUGGUUGGCUGUGUGGCUACUUAAAACAUAUUGUUUGAAGGUUUAUUAUUGUUUAUGAGGUCGAGCGAAUCUUGAAAUCAGUCAACACUAAGAAAGCAGCAGGCCCUGAUGGAAUCCCAGUGCAUGCCGCUGUCCCUGCCUGCCUUAAAGCGGCCAUCAUCAUCCCGGUGCCAAAACAUGCCAACAUCAGUUCUCUUAAAGACCAUAGACCAGUGGCCCUAAUCCCAGUCAUCUCAAAGUGCUUUGAAAGACUCAUCCUGGGGCACCUGAAGACGUCUCUCUCACCCACCUUGGACCAACACUUUUAUUCAUUGAUUUUAGCUCUGCUUUUAAUACUGUUGUCCCCAGCAUUUUAGUCAAGAAAUUACAGGAUCUAGGCCUCCACGAACAGCCUGUGGAUCAAAGACUUUCUGACCAAUCGACCACAAACAGUGAGACUUGGCCCCCACAGCUCACAUGCCCUGACACUGACACAGGUGCACCCCAAGGAUGUGGGCUCAGUCCGAUCCUGUACUCCCUCUACACCUGGAACUGCUCACCCAUGCACCCGGCAAACACCAUAAUAAAGUCUGCGGAUGAUACAACGCUAGUAGGUCUCAUCUGGUUCUUUCUUCCAUGCUCGGAACACACGCUUUAAUAAUUGUUGCAUCUUCUAGUAGUAUUCCCAGUUCAGUUGUUCCCAUGCCAUCCAUUCUGGCCCUCUGCUUUUCAUUGUUUCACAACAGUAA